AUGCCUUACUACCCCUCCGGAGAGAGCCGUGAGUCGUACAUCACGGGCAUCCGCCCUGGUGGGCGGUACGGCGCUGUGCACGAUGUGGAGAAGCGCCGCGACAACCUGCCGGACAACGUCUUCCACUACAUCAAGGAGGCCGUGCAGCGUGAGGAGCGGCUGCGCUGUAACGAGGAAGAGCAGCGUGCCCGUAUUCGCUUAGAGAUGUUUGCCAAGAAGCCCGGCCAGCAUCGCAGCAAUGGCGCCACGCUCGCAGCCGGGGGCAGCGGUGGCGCUGAGCAGUCCGCAGCGAUGUUACAGCUGGAGUGUGAGACGCUGGCUCGCGAGCGACGUACCGCCUUGCAGGAACUCUACCAGCGCGAGCGCAAGGAUUGGGAAAUACAACUCGGCGCACGCGGACUCGCCACUCAUCGCACUUAG